AUGUCAGGUACUGGGUCGCGCCUGCCACGGCCCGGAGACUCGACGAGGCACGCUGGGAAGGCCCGACCCCACUCUAUGUCUCACUGGCUGCUCGGGACGCCCAGGUCUGACGGCGCGAGUACUUGCGUGGAGAUGCCUGUAUCCUGGCGAGCACCCUCGGCCCCUCACUGGCUGGUGACAGGUGUCUCCUGGGGCGGGGCACUGGGCGACCGGUGGCCGGGGAACAGCUGUCUCAGGGCUCCGGGAAGGCAGCCGUCGACCACAACGCUGGGUUUCCCACCGGCCCACGGCGCCAAUGGCCUGGGUGCGGGCCACCCGCCCACGAGGCCGCACCCACUCCCGCCAUGCCGCUUCCUCGCUCGCUUGCCCCGGGACGCCCAGGGCCCCCGAAAAGGAAAGCCAGCCUCCAGCGGGUCGCCCCACGCACACUGCCCCUGCUGCGGAGGCCCUCGCACCCACCGCCCCGGAAAGCAGCCCCGUCUCACCCCGUGCUCCCCUCAGCCAUCCCCGCGCUCCUCCUCCCACACGCGUCCCCGUCGCUUCCCUUCGGCUCCCCGUUGCCCCCAGAACUUUGCCUUCUGGGGAGAUGGCGCCUUCGGGGAAGGGGGCAUUGGCGCUCCGGAGCCCGUUGGUGUCCCUGUUUAG